GAUGAUGGUGAUUUCUUUUUUUAAACUUUGCUAAUUAUGUGUUCCUCAUACAUGCUUACAUACCCACACACGUAGCUGCUGCGACUAGCGCAUGAUGUUGAUUUAGCUUCCCCUGUGAUUGAGAUCUCCCCCUUGGCCCUUGAUGAGUUUCAAUAUUAAUAUUUAUUGAUUGAUAUUCUUCACAUUGGGAUCCAUAUGCAGGUCCUACCACUGAAUAUUUGAUAUAUAUAUAUAUAUGAAAUGCAAUGGAAGAGAAACACAGCUAAUUGAUCAUAUAUAUAUUGAUCCCUCUGAAGUCAGAUCUUGCUAGGUGGGGCUAAUUGGCCGGAAUCAUCAUACAUAUCCGCAUUCGACAUUAAUUCGACCUGCUGCAAUACCAUUAAUUGGAUCAUUUGCGGAAAUUACAAAGAUGAGGGGAGCUGUGCUAGUUGCUGUUGCCGCUGCGAUUGGGAACAUGUUGCAAGGAUGGGACAAUGCCACCAUUGCUGGGGCUGUUCUGUACAUCAAGAAGGAAUUCAAUCUGCAGAGCGAUCCAACCAUAGAGGGGCUAAUCGUAGCGAUGUCCCUAAUCGGCGCUACCGUGAUCACAACAUUCUCGGGAUCCUUAUCGGACGGGCUGGGGCGACGUCCCAUGCUGAUCAUCUCUUCAGUGUUGUACUUCUUCAGUGGACUGGUCAUGCUUUGGGCGCCCAAUGUGUACGUCCUGCUGCUGGCCAGGCUGUUGGAUGGAUUUGGGAUUGGGCUGUCCGUCACUCUCGUCCCUGUCUACAUAUCGGAGACUGCCCCUCCCGAGAUUAGAGGUCAGCUCAACACCCUCCCCCAGUUCACUGGCUCCGGCGGAAUGUUCCUCUCCUACUGCAUGGUGUUUGGGAUGUCCCUAAUGGUUUCUCCCAGCUGGAGGUUGAUGCUUGGGGUUCUCUCCAUUCCUUCUCUCCUCUAUUUUGCGCUCACCGUCUUCUUCUUGCCCGAAUCCCCCCGCUGGCUCGUCAGCAAAGGCCGGAUGCUAGAGGCCAAAAAAGUUUUACAGAGACUUUGCGGCAGGGAAGAUGUCACAGGAGAGAUGGCUUUGCUAGUUGAAGGUCUAGGAGUUGGGCGUGAUACAGCUGUAGAAGAGUACAUCAUAGCGCCAGCCAAUGAGCUCAGUGACAACCAGGAACUAGGCAUGGAAAAGGACCAGAUCAAGCUAUAUGGACCGCAAGAGCGCCUCUCUUGGAUUGCCAGACCUGUUGCUGGGCAGGGUAGUACCCUUGGUCCGAUGUCCCGCUAUGGAAGCCUUGCGAAUCAGACCAGCAUGCCUCUCAUGGAUCCUCUUGUCACUCUCUUUGGGAGUCUCCACGAGAAGCUACCCGAGGGGGGGAGCAGCAUGCGAAGCAUGCUGUUUCCAAACUUUGGCAGCAUGUUCAGUGUGGCUGACCAACAUGUUAAAAAUGAGCAAUGGGAUGAGGAGAGCCCCCGGAAAGAUGGUGAAGACUAUUCAUCUGAUGCCAAUGGGGCUGAUUCCGAUGACAAUUUGCGCAGCCCAUUGCUCUCGCGACAGACUACAAGCUUGGAAAAAGACUUGGGUAAUGGUGGUGAAUCUGUUACUAGUAUGGGCAUUGGUGGGGGUUGGCAGCUGGCUUGGAAGCGGUCUGAGAAAACAUCUGAAGAUGGAAAGAAGGAAGGAGUCUUUAAAAGGAUCUAUCUUCACCAGGAAUGUGGCCCAGGAUCUAAGCGUGGAUCGCUCGUUUCGCUUCCUAGUGGUGAUGUCCCUGAGGGAGGGGAAUUUAUUCAGGCUGCUGCUCUGGUGAGCCAGUCUGCAAUUUGUUCCAAGGAUCUUAUGAGGCAUGAGCGCCCUACGGGGCAGCCGAUGAUUCACCCCUCUGAGAACAUCACCAAAGGGCCAAGUUGGGUUGAUCUUUUUGAGCCCGGAGUUAAGCGUGCAUUGAUCGUUGGGGUUGGAAUUCAAAUACUUCAGCAGUUUUCUGGCAUCAAUGGAGUACUGUACUACACUCCUCAGAUUCUUGAGCAAGCAGGUGUGGGAGUGCUGCUAUCAAACUUGGGCCUUGGGUCAACCUCUGCAUCUUUCCUCAUAAGUGCUAUCACCACAUUGUUAAUGCUUCCUUCCAUAGGUUUUGCAAUGAGGUUGAUGGAUGUAGCUGGCAGAAGGUUUCUACUGCUGACCACACUGCCAAUCCUAAUUCUGUCACUCAUCAUAUUAGUGCUAAGUAGCAUCAUUGACAUGAGCUCCGUGGUCCACGCAGUAAUUUCCACGACGAGCGUGGUGUUGUACUUCUGCUGUUUUGUGAUGGGCUUUGGACCCAUCCCUAACAUCUUAUGCGCAGAGAUAUUCCCCACCCGCGUCCGAGGCCUCUGCAUUGCCAUAUGCGCUCUCACCUUCUGGACUGGGGACAUAAUUGUCACUUACACGCUGCCUGUCAUGCUCAACUCCAUUGGCCUGGCUGGUGUGUUUGGGAUCUAUGCUGUUGUGUGCACUAUCUCGUGGGUUUUCGUUUUCUUGAAGGUACCGGAGACGAAGGGCAUGCCACUCGAAGUCAUUACCGAGUUCUUUGCUCUGGGUGCAAAGCAAGCAGAUGAUGAUGGUGCUGCUGCUGCUGCUGCUGCCCAAGAGUGACUGGCUGGCCUAAUAUGGGCCUCUUUGGUUGGCUGCUACAUUUUGAUUGCCCCGAGGAAUGUAAUAUUCACAAGGAUAGGCUCCCAAAGAUGGAUUAAGUGAUUGGAAUAUGGUGGAAGGGUGCAUGGUAGGUACCAUCCAUCAUCAUCUGGUAAAAUUCUUCAAUCCAAAGAAUUAGACUAUACAUGGAGAGGAUUAGUUUACUCCAUUGGGUCAUUUAAGUCCUUUUUUGAUUAUUAUUUUCAUUAAUUUGCUUAUUGCUCUCUUUUAAUUUAUUCUUUUGAUGUGCUAGCUGCUCAAAAGCUAGCGUACAUGGAGCUGUUUUGUAUUUAGAUCAGUUUUGGUAAUUAAUUAUGCACCUUUUUUCAA